AUGUCUACAUACAAUGUCGGGAUUAUCGGCGGAGGACCGGGUGGAUACGUUGCAGCUAUUAAAGCUGCACAGCUUGGUGGUAGCGUCUGUCUCAUAGAAAAAGGAGAAUGGGGUGGGACCUGCCUGAAUCGAGGAUGUAUCCCGACGAAAACCCUCUUUGCUGUUGCUAACCUCGCUACCCAAGUUCAGGAAGCAUCUGACUUCGGUGUGCAUAUCAGUGGUGAGGCUACAAUUGACUAUCCACAGGUAUUGGCUCACAAAAACGCAGUCAUCCAGCAGCUAACAGGAGGCAUCUCACAACUGCUGAAAGCAAACAAGGUUGACACCCGCAACGGAACAGCAACACUUACCGAUAAAAACACCAUUAUCGUCAGUAAACCCGACGGCACAACCGAACAGUUACAUGCGAAAAAUGUUGUCAUCGCCACAGGUUCUGAACCGGCAGAACCACCUGUUUUUGAAAUUGAUGAAAACCAAGUCUUGACGACAACAGGCGUUCUUAACCUGACAGAACUCCCUGAAAGCCUGCUGAUUGUUGGUGGUGGCGUAUCGGGAUGCGAGUUUGCCUCAAUCUUUAAUGCACUCGGUUGCAAGGUAACUGUGUUGGAACUUCUUCCGACUAUUUUGGCGACUGAGGAUGUCCAAGUUAUCCGUCAUAUCCAGCUUUUCAUGAAGCGGAAAGGUAUCACUAUUCACACUGGCGCUAAACUCACCCACGUUAAAAAAUCGGACGCAAGUGUAACAGCAACACUUGAAUCCGGUGAAGAGAUUACAGCAGAAAAAAUGCUCGUUUCGAUUGGAAGACGUUAUAACACUGAGGGGAUCGGAUUAGAAAAGGUUGGUGUUCGCACCGAGGGCGGAAAAAUCGUCGUGGAUGCCAAGAUGCAAACGAACGUCUCAGGUAUUCAUGCCGUUGGGGAUGUCGCCAGUCGGUAUCUGUUAGCACACGUCGCAUCGGCAGAAGGAAAAGUCGCUGCGCAAAAUUGCAUAGGUGACAGCGUUGAAAUGGAUUAUCAGGUUAUUCCGUGGUGUGUUUUCACUUUACCCGAAAUUGGGCAUGUCGGCAUGACAGAAAAAGAGGCGACGGAUGAGGGUUACGAGGUGAAGGUCGGACGAUUCCCGUACGCUGCAAACGGGAAGGCGUUGGGAUUACGCGAGACGGACGGGUUUGUUAAGACCGUUUCUGAUGCCGAUAGCGGGGAUAUUCUUGGCGUUCAUAUCGUCGGCGCGCAAGCUUCAACGCUUAUCCAUGAAGCCGCAGUUGCGGUGCGUUUGGGAGCAUCUGCCGCGGAUAUAGCGCACACUGUUCACGCGCACCCGACCCUCUCAGAAAUGAUGAUGGAAUCCGCUGAAGCGGCAUACGAUAGGGCGAUUCACAGUCUGCACUAA